AUGGCCGAAGUGGUAGGCGUUGUCGCGGCGGGCGUCGCCUUUGUGGAGGUGAUUCCCAAGAUCAUCUCCGGCACAAUGAAGUUAAGAAAUAUGUGGGAGGACUUCAAGGAGGUUCCGGACAGCAUCAAGUCGUUGUCUGUCCGAAUUGAGUUCUAUGCCUUGGCACUGAAGCCCAUGGAUCUCGGCGUGAACAGCCCAACCCUGGAUGGGGGACCAUGGGCCAGUAGCGUUGGCGCCAGGAUUGUCGUGCAAUGCCGUGAAGCUGUCGAGGUCCUGUCAAAGUCAGUUGACGACGUGUCACAGGAGCUCAUGUCGGCAAAGCGGAUGCGGAGGACGGUGCUCAAGGGCAAAUUGGUUCUCAAAAAGGACUUUUGGGCAAAAACUGAGGAGAGUUUGCACAGAGUGGCGUCCAUGCUUUCGGUUGCUAUGGACCUAAGAAUAAUCUCAUCGACAGACCGAGUAUUGGACAUGGUCAUAUGUUUGUCACAAAAGAAUGACCAACGUGGACAGGUUCAGGAUCUGGAUCAAGUCCAGGAGGAGACGCACAAAAUACCGAAUCAUCAGCUUCUGAUCCGGAAACCAAAUGCUCCCGUCGAUGAAAAGCAGUUUGCAUUGAUGAGCAGUCAUACGGGGGUGUCCAUGAUUGGGAGUAUUGGUUUCGACUGGACACGAUCAAGUGACGGCAGUCGACGGCGAGGUACACCACGGUCGGAGGGCAGCCUUGGUUGCGACAAAUACUACUUCCAGUUUAAGCCACCGAAUUGGCUCACUCGAAGAGCAUGGAGCAUAGCGUCCGCACUCAGUACUGGUGGUUUCGAUGUCAAGCUUCGAGCAUACUCCGUCGUGCCAGAGGAUUCACCAGUUAUUGAGUAUGCCAAAUGUGGAGACAUCGAGGGCUUAUUGGACCUCUUUGACAGAAAGCUUGCAUCGCCCUUUGACGUGACCGAAGACGGCUUUAGCUUGCUAGACUUUGCAUUGUUGUGCGCCCAGACUCAAAUCGUUGCGGCGAUGGUUGACUGGGGCCUAGACUUGUCCCAAUUCUUUGACGCUGAGAGAGAUUUUUCAGGGUGGCAAUUCGUCUUUGUCAAAGCGAGGAAGUCCCAGUCGGAAUCGCUCUUACAAGCCAUCCAUGAAGUUGCACUUGCCAACAACGUCUAUGAUGAUUACGCCGACUUUUGGCUACAGCCGUGCUCUGAAGUUCUUUUUACCAUACCUCCGCCCCGGGCAUUACCGUCUGCCAGUCCAGGAUCGUCUUUUUCUUUCGCCUAG